CUUUUAGGUUUGUAUGAACAAUAAGAUGGCUGUAAACAAUGAAUUUCCUGAGUUUGUUAAAGGCCAAAAACUAUUUAUUACACUGAAAGACAACCGAAGUCUUGAAGGGACAUUCAGCCGUUCAAAUUCAGUCAGGAAGGCAAUAAUACUUACAAACGUAUCAUUCAUUCCACAUCAUGGAACACCAUUUGAGCAACUUGAAUUCAAACAUGCAGAAAUUUUACAAAUUGCCAGCCUGGAGGAGGAAAAUCAUAUGAUAAAUACAGCAGAUCAAGCAGUUGCACCAAGCAGCCCUAUAACAAAGCAAGACGGGGUUUUGUACGAGAAAGUUAAAGAAACUGUCAAAGACUUAGUGUUUGUAAAUCAAAUUGAUGGAGCAUUCUCUGAAAUGGUGAGAACCAUUGAAAGAGUUGACUGCGUUGCUGUGACAGGAGAGGGAUCAAAUCAAGGCCGUUUUGGACAUAUAACAGUUUUGGGUGUUGCCACUAACAGCACAGUCUUUUUAGUAGACAUUGUGAAUCUGGGGUCAACUGUUUUCAAGGCAGCUGGCUCUUUUCUUAAGAAAACUCUUGAAUCCAACAGAAUCUUGAAAGUCGUGCACAAUUGUAGCUUGCUUUCUGACUGUUUAAAACACAAGUAUUCCAUAAAUCUAAGAAAUGUUUUUGACACUCAUGCAUGCCAUUUUAUUGUAGUUAAAAAUAGUUCUGGUCACCCUCCAUCAUCUGCCAAUUUUGAGGACCUCGUUUCUAUUUAUUUAAACUUACCUAAAGCUGUUUGUGAAACUCAGGUUGCUGAUUUGGAUCGUUGGCGCCGACGACCUCUUGAAGAAGGCCUGGCAGAAGCUGCUGCUUGGAAAGUUGCCUUACUUCGAAAGCUGAAGCCACGUCUGGAUGAUGCCUUAUAUGGUCCUUUUGACUCAUUAUGCAAGACAUAUUUAAACACAGUGAGGAGCCUUGAUGAUGACUUACAAGUACGCAUUGCUCUGACUCGACAAGAUAAAUUUCCACAAGAAAUGCAGUCAUUGAAUGGCACAUUAUGAGUUCUGUUCAAAAUUUACUUGCUCCACCUCCAUCAUUUUGUUUUCCUUUCCCUUGAACCAGAUAAAAGUGAUUAUCUAAUUAUAUUUUAAAUUCCUUCUCCCAUGAAAUAGAGGUUUUAAACAUUCCACAAUCAUGUAAAACAAGAUUAUUGUAAUAAAUUGAACAGCUCAGUGCUUGCAUUUUA